AUUUUCUUUGAUUUUUCUUUGGGAAAAAAGACUUUAUGUGGCCCCGUAGGGAAGGAUUUUGUGGCAUAAAAAUAGUUUAUGAUUUGUAAAAUGCUGUCGUUUUGUGCUCAAAUGUAAAGGGCCUCGCUAUUGGUCAACUUGAGAGCUGUCAAGAUGGCGGAUGAAUGAUACUUUCAUUUUCACGUUUUACCAAAAAUGGCGGCAAAAUGUAUAGUUUGGGAAUGGCAAGAAAACUCAAUGCUAUGGCUCCCCUAUAGUGCACAACUAUCGCAGUUUCUCGAGGAUAAUUUUGCCAAAAAUCUUCAUGACAAACAUCUGAAUCUGGGAGCCGUGGAGCCAUCGAUGGCUUGUUAUGAUAUUAAUUUUGGUCUGAUGAUACAGACAAGGAAAGAUACAGGGACCGUAAGAGGAGUACGGCGGACUGUAUGUGCCCAUGAUUCACCAUUUGCUAGGGGUUUUUCCUGGACUUGGGAAGGUGACUAUGGUGAUUGGAUAUCUUAUGAUGUUACCACUGCAUGCGAUUUGGAAAAAGCAUGUGAUCUUCAGCACUCUAUGCUAGAUUUAAGCUCCUGUGCUAUCGGCUUGCCAAACAUUGUUGACUUUAGAAAGAUGGAGCAAAUUAACAAGAACACUGGGUUUAGGAGAAAAGUUUUGAGAAAGUCAGAUCCACAUCCUUAUCCUAAAGAUACUAAAAGAAGUCCUUCUAAGAGCAUGCCAAAAAGUCCAGGAGGACAUUCAGCAUCAAAAGCACCAGCAUCAAAUGUAUCACCAUCAAAGCAAGAGUCCCCUAAAUCUGGGAAAGCUUCCAAUGUAAAAGAAACCUCAGAGUCAGACAAGAAAUCAAAGGCAAAGAAGUUAAAAGUUUCUAAAAGUGGUGUACUGCAGAAAUUUUGCAAAACUUCUUCAAACCCGCCAGAUGAGGAGUGUGCCAUAUGCAUUGAGAAGUUAUCAAAAGUUUCAGGCUUCUGUCAGACUGCAAGUUCUACUCUUCCUAAGGUCAAACAACUCACAAAAUGCAAUCAUUGCUUCCAUGAGGAAUGUCUUCUUGAGCUUUUGAAAAACUCUAAGGGUGGCUGCAUACAGUGUCCCACAUGUAAGACAAUCCAUGGUCACAAGAUUGGAACCCAACCAGAUGGAUCAAUGACUGUUCACAGUACAAGCCAUUCUCUCCCUGGAUAUCCAGACUGUGGCAUGAUUACCAUCAGAUAUGACUUCAGACCAGGAAUCCAGGGCCCCGAGCACCCUCACCCUGGUAACAGAUAUCACACGUCAGGCUUCCCAAGGACCUGCUACCUCCCAGAUAAUCAAAAAGGGCAAAAGGUUCUAAGACUUCUCCGUGAAGCAUGGAGUCGCAGACUCAUAUUCACCAUAGCAACAUCGGUAACAACAGGUCUUGAGGACACUGUGGUAUGGAAUGAGAUUCAUCAUAAAACAGAUGCAUUCACAAAUCACAGUGGACAUGGAUACCCUGACCCUAAAUACCUGGACAAUGUUCUGGCUGAACUGGCAUCACAAGGUGUGGAAGAUGAUGGUACCUGACAAGAACUACAUAAAGCAAGGCCUUCCUUACUAAUGCAGCAUUCCCACUACAGCACAAAAUAACAAAGAGAUGAUUGUACCUGACAAGAACUACCAUAAAGCCAUGUUUACAUUACUGAUGUAGCAUUCUCAUUACAGCUCCACAUCACAAAGAGAUGAUGGUACCUGACAUAAACCACUGUCACAUGAAGACAUAAUUACAUUACUGAUUUAGUAUUUACACUACAGCCUACAUCAAAAGAAGUAGAAAUAACUUGGCAAUGACUACCAUAAAGUCAAGUUUAUCCUACUACUUUAGUAUUCUCACUACAGCCCCACAUCACCAGAAGAAAAUGAGUUGGCAAGGACUAACAUAAAGCCAUGUUUAAUCUAUGGAUGUAGUACAGGGCCAAAGGAAGGGGGUUUGGGUGAUUCAUCCCAUUCUUCUUAACAGUCUGCCACAAUGAAGAAUAUUAUUGAGUACCACUGCAGGCUACAGAAGGAAGGCACAUCUAAAGAAUAUGGUUUGCAUAAAGAGUUAACAAACCCCUGUUAAAAAUCAUGGUAACAGGCUGAAUUUUGUAACACCUAAAUGUACAGUAUUUACUCUGAUAGUUUCCGUACUCAGUGAAGCAAGAAUAGAUUGCAUGAAUGUCUACUGUAGUUUACCCUUUGCAAAAUGCAAUGGACAACAAAAUUCACUUUCUCAAUGAGAACAUGUACUCUUUAUUGUGAUUCCUUUAUUGUGAUACUUAUUUGCUGUUAUAAGUUACACCAUGAAAUAAUAUGUAAUGUUGAGUAAAAGGUUAUUACAGUGUUUAGGUUUUCCUUAAAAACAACUGUUGAGUGUGCAGAUAUAAUAGAUUGUUAUAAAAUUAUUAAACAUACUGUACCUAUUUUAAUGAAAAAAUACAAUCUAACUAGAAAACAA